AAACCCGUUCAUGUUCGUAUCAAUUGGAAAUAUAAUUCGUUACAUACUACGAAGUAAAAAUUCAAUAUACACAUAAAUAAAACAAUAUACACUUUUUUUGUUAGUUAGUUAGUUAAAGUUCGCCACCAAGUCAGAUACAGAUAUAGAUUCAGUUAUGUACAUAUGUUACAGAUAUCAGAGGAAUUGAUAAAGAGAAAGUACAGAACAAAUGAAAUAUGAAUCCGGAACCAGAUUUUAAGUCACCUGAAUCAUUGGAGAUGGUUGGGGAUCCAUUGCGUUUGCCAACAGCCCUGCUAUCCGACGAUCCGCGCUAUCGUAUUCGCCCCAUGCAGCAGGUGAUAUCCGCUCUAGUUGGUGGAUUAAUCACCACAUUUGUGGUGACUCCAAUGGAAGUAGUCAAGACACGCGUUCAAACUCAAUCGCAGAAUCAAGCCCGCUACCGCCCGGUCGUCUCCAAGCUCUGCUAUGUCUUUCACAAUGGCCUAAUGACACACGUUUGCAAGCCUAACUCUACCAAUUGCCUGUCCAAGAGCGCAGCGACCGAUGCGGCCAGCAUGCGUCCUCUGCGCGGAGCCAUGGAUGCCUUUGUCAAGAUCAUUUGCGGCAAUGGGGUUUUCGGCUUGUGGGCGGGAUUGAGUCCCACGCUUAUCUCAGCGCUGCCAUCGACCAUCAUCUACUUUCUGACUUAUGAAUAUUUGAAACAUAGUUUUUCGAAUUUCUAUUAUUUUUGGCGUCCACGCGACAAUAACAAUAACAUUGUGAAGACAUCGAGGGAAGCAAGUUUAACCAUACCCUCAGUAGUGCCGAUGGCAUCGGGUAUAUGUGCCCGAACGGUUGUCGUGACGGCCAUAACGCCGUUGGAGAUGGUGCGCAUUAAGAUGCAAUCUGGUUAUAUGACGUAUACGAAACUAUGGGCUGUGCUUCGUACAUUGAUUAAAACUCACGGCAUUCUUGUAUUGUGGCGCGGAUGGCCGCCGACCGUGAUGAGAGAUGCCCCGUUCUCGGGCACCUAUUGGGCUGCCUAUGAGUCUAUAAAGCGGGCUUGCGAUGUGACAGAGCCAACGUUUUGGUUCAGCUUUAUGGCGGGCGCAGCAUCCGGAGGAUUGGCCACGUUCGUUACAAUGCCUUUUGAUUUAAUUGCCACCCAUACGCAAAUUGAGCUGGGGCAGGAUGUGCUCUACACGGAUUCAUCUGGCGCGGGUAAAGGCAGUUCAGGCGCCAGUACUGGGUCCAGAGGGUCAAGCACUGUUUCAUCAUCCAUGGCUAAACCGACAGUGUUUGCACGCCUCAGUCAGAUAUAUCACAAGCAGGGUAUACGGGGUCUCUAUAUAGGGGUUGUACCACGUAUGCUACGCGUUGUGCCAGCGUGUGCUAUUAUGAUAUCGGCAUUCGAGUAUAGUAAAUCAUUCUUCUUUCGCUACAAUCUUGAUCUAAAGCAUGCCGAUUAUCGACGUGCAAAUUAGAACGGUGAAGCAUGCCGGAUUCGAAGAUGAAAUCCACUCCAAAAAUAACGAUGGAGCC